CGGUGCAGUGACCAGGAAAGGAGACCGCGGGGCCAAGGAGAAGCCGACGACCGUCCUGCCGCCGGUGGGGGAGGAGGAACCCAAAAACCCUGUGUUUUCAGUGUCGGUCUCUACAACGCAUCUUACAUGUUAAAAAUGGCUGAGAGGACGUCUGCCUCGAUGGAGGGGCCGCUGCCCGCCCAGAAGCCCGAAACCCCGCGCGGACGAGCGUGGGAACGCGGCGCAGUGCGCCGAUCCCUGGCGGGCGGGGGCGCAGGGCUGGGUGGGACGUCCUCUGGUCUCUGCUGCCCUCUGUUGGCAGCCUUGGGCUAUAGGGGGCGGGCGCGGCGCGGCGCGGCGCUACGCUUCCCCUCCCGCUCUCGUCCCCGCCCCCACAGAGGAGUACCAGUGCACCGGCGUCCUCGAGGUGGACUUCGCUGAGUUCUGCACGCGGUGGGGCUACACGGACUUCCCCAAAGUGGUCACCCGGCCCCGCCCGCAUCCAACCUUCGUCCCCUCCGCCUCUACGUCGGAAAAGCCCACCGUAGGUGAGUGACAGUGGAGACGCCGGGGUGUCUGCCAGGCCUACCGCGUCCAUUCCCCAUCGCUCGGCGGGCCGAAUGGCGGGGACGCAGGGCAAUGUGUGUGUGAGUGAGCAGGGUGGAUUCAAGGGGGCUGGUGGGGAGGUGGGGGCGGUCUUCCGUCGUCCUUUCCAAACCCUCGCAGAUGCGGUCUGGCGGAGUCCUCCAAUCCCGCGGCUCCGUGGGAGCCGUCCCGGCCUCUCCGGCUCCCGUAGGCCGGCCGGGGCGUGGGGCCCGGGGGCGGUGACUCUGCCCCCUCCCUCCUUCCCCGGCUCCUCGCACCCCUGCCUUCUAGACGAACAGCCGCUGUCCGGGUCCUGCAGCUUCAACAGCCUGGAGAGCAAAUACGUGUUCUUCCGGCCCACCAUCCAGGUGGAGCUGGACCCUGAGGACAAGUCCGUGAAGGAAAUCUACAUCCGCGGUUGGAAGGUUGAGGAGCGUAUCCUGGGUAUCUUCUCUAAGUGUCUGCCCUCCCUCAGCCAGCUUCAGGCCAUCAACUUCUGGAAGGUGGGGCUGACUGAUAAGACCCUGACCACCUUUAUCGCCCUCCUGCCUCUCUGCUCAUCCACGCUCAGGAAGGUGUCUCUGGAGGGGAACCCGCUGCCGGAGCAGUCCUAUCACAAGCUCAUGGCAGUGGACAGCACGAUCGCGCACUUGUCUCUGCGGAACAACAACAUCGACGACCACGGGGCGCAGCUCCUAGGCCAGGCUCUGUCCACGCUGCACAGCUGCAACCGGACCCUGGUCUCCCUCAACCUGGGCUUCAACCACAUCGGUGACGAGGGCGCGGGCUACAUCGCGGACGUGCGUGCGAGGCCGGCAGGGGCCCCCGCGCGAGCUGUGGCGGCCCGGGGCCAGCCAGCUCACUGCCCCUCCCUGACCCCGCAGGGCCUCCGGCUCAACCGCUCCCUGCUCUGGCUGUCCCUGGCCCAUAACCGCAUUCAGGACAAGGGUGCCCUGAAGCUGGCCGAGGUCCUGCGCCCCUUCGAGCUGACGCACACCGAGGUGGUGGAGCGCCGGCGCCUCCUGCUGGAGAAAGGUUCGCAGGAGCGCUUGCGAUCGGUGAGGAGCGCUCGGAGCCUGAGACCUGAGCCCUUGGAACCGCUGCCCAGACAUGGGGACUCCAAAACAGAGCGUGAGAAGAAUCAGCUGAUGAGGGUCAGCAGUUUCGCAAUGGUGGAGAAAGACAAGAUGCAGACAACGAAGACCCCUAAGGGUCUGGGCAAGAAAAAGGAGAAGUCCGGGGAAGUGGUGAAGAAAGAGGAGAAGUCAGGGUCUGGGCAGUCACCCACACAAGGAACCCCUAAGAAAGAAGACUCCACAAAGACAGGCAAGGGGAAGGUAACCAUCCCUGAGCAGAAACUAAGCAAGGGAAAAGGGACCAAGACUGUGAGCAAAGAGAAGCGCAGCAUCCUCCCGGAGUCGGAGGUAGGCUGCAGGAGAAGCGGGGUGGGGGACACGUCCCUGGGGUCCAGUCCCCCAGCCUUCCUGGCAUGGAGUCUCCGGCCCUGUACUGUGGCAGCAGCCACUUCAACUCACAUUGUGCCCUCAGUCCUGGCCCCCUCCCUAAUCCAACCUGGGCUUGCAGGGGUAGCAGAGCUCAGUGCCCCCUCCCCUUCUACCUUAACUUGCUUAUUAGGAGCCCCCACUUUUGAUCCUCUGCCUCAACUCAGUCUGCUUCCCGAAAGGCCAUUUGUUCCUCACCACCACGCCCACGGUUGCUCGUACAGUUGCACAGGGAACGAAGCACAUUCUCCUUUGCCCCUGCCAGCAGCUCCCCAGGAGGGCAGGGUGUCUUCCUAGUCGUGGUACUUCCCCCACCCUGUGCACAGCUACUUGAGACCCUCUCUCCUUCGCCCCUGCAGCCUCUCUUUUCUAUUUAAACUUGGACCAACUUGUUCCUGGCUUUGGAAACCUUCCUGGACUGCUGACUCCACAGCUCCCACCCCUCCGCAGUGGAGUCAGCUAACCCUAAGCCUAACCCGAGGGCUAUCUGUCCUUACACAGGCGUACCUUGUUGUAUUGUGCUUUGCAGAUUUUUUUCUUUUUUAUACAAACUGAAGGUUUGUGGCAACCCUGCGUCGAGCAAGUCCGUUGGUGCCAUUUUUUUCCAAGAGCAUUUGCUCACUUCGUGUCUCUGGGUCACAUUUCGAUAAUUCUCUCAAUAUUUCAAGCUUUUUCAUUA